UUAAAUAAGGUUAGUCGCGUGACGUCAAUGAGGAAGGCUCAACCACCAGCUCAAUUCUCGUGCACGAAACAGUUUGUGAUAGACCAACCAAGCGGCGGUCUGGAAGAUCCAUCAUGUCACAUUUACCUUCUCGUUCUGACUCCCUCGCCAAACCAGAACUAUCGACUAUUAGCCCCUCGUUGACCCAGGCAUGCUGGCCAGGCGCCACCGAUGUAGAUUUUGAUGUAGACAGCGUGCUGAGAAUCGCCCACGACCGGCUUUCGGAGAUUGAGUCCAUAGGGAGUGACCCAAAGCUCAAAGAUGUUGUUGUUGAACUCGUGGACACGAUCAGAACACUGGUUGGGGUGAUCACGAAGAUGAAAGGAGCUGCGGAAGAGAUGCAAACAUCUCUUACUCUCGCGAAUUCAAACCUUACUCUUGCGCUAUCAAAUACAGAAAUGCUUGAAGAAGCGCUGAAACGUGCGGGUGGAGGGCAAGGCAAGGAUAUCGGCUGGAGGAGAUGGAGUGACCGCGAAGGAUUGAAGCGUUCAUCUGCCAUGGCAACUCUUGGUGGUUCUUUAAGUGCAUUGCCUUCGGAGGAUGGCAGCUACAUCGACACUGCUCUUUCACAAAAAACGCGUCAGAAUCCCAGCGAUAGCGAUGUCAGUGACGCAGAACUCAUAUCGCGGUCAGGAUCUCCGGUACCCGGCCAAGAGAACGGGUCACUCCACCCACAUAUCCCUGUCAGAGAGCCGUCCGCACCUGUCACGACCAACACUGAGAGUCGAUUCUUCAAAUUCCGCUUUGGAGGGGGGAACGUUUCCUCUGCGUCUUUUUUUUCGAGUGCCCUGUCACGCUCAGGAUCAAUUGCUAAUGCACCUCCUCAGGCAUCCCAUUUGACUUCACCCUCGCUUCCGUCACUUCCGUCUUCCGACACAACUUGGAAAGAGCCUAUACUGGAGGCAACGAAGUCACCGCUCGUCGAGGAUCUUCAAAGGGAGCUAAUUGAUGAACGUAAAAGGAGAGAAACGGCCGAGGCAGAUAAGAUCGCAAUUGAAGCUGAACUCGAGAACUUGAGUGCUGAAUUAUUUGAAGAGGCGAACAAGAUGGUUGCAAUCGAGCGCCGCAAGCUGGCAGAAGUCGAGGAUGAACUAGAGAAUGCUCGCGAGGAACGAGAGGCUUUGAAGGCCGCUCUUCGGAUCGUCGAAAGAGAGAACAUGACCCAUGGCAUGCGUGGGGUUUCAACAGCAAAGGGCUCUCCGUCCUCAUUGCAAACUCUUCAACUCGAACGAGGUUCACUUGUUGAGCAAGCCCUCCCGUCCGAUGUAGUGGCUUUGAGUUUGGAUCCCGACCCUUCCGUGGGUGCCGAAAAAGUCGGGGCACAGGAACAACCUGGCAAUUCCUUGAUUCCACGAACGGCGUCGCCAUCCAUUCUGACACGUAAUGCGGAUGGUGUCGUCGUUUCCGCUAUACCUCUCUCUCCCCGAGCUGCGAAGCAACAUGAUCCAGAAAAGAUUAAUGCUGCUCAAGAUGCUCCAUUCGCUUCAACAGUUUAGCAAUCUAAGCACACGUCGGUAUCCCCCCCCCCCCCCCCCUCGUUCGUCGGAUCGACAUCACGUCAUUCGUCGCAACCGUUUUCUUGGCGAUUUCCCUCAUAUAUAUGGACCACCAUUUCACUGUGGCAAAGACUCCGACCUUCAUCAUUUGUUCUUGCAACUCACAACAUGGCAUGCAAUAUGUACCACUUCCAAGGAAUCGAAUUACACAUAAUGGCUCGAGUCAAGGUACAGCUUCACCGAGUUCUUCAUGGUUACCCCAUGUACCAGUAGUAUACAUAUUUUCUAAUGAUAGUCAUUUUAAUUGGGAA